UGCGGGCCAGGCUGCGGGCGUCGGCCUGUGGCGACUCGCCCAAGUGCUGGUCCUCGUCGGGUACAACAUGCCGGUCCCACCGACCUAGGUACAGUGCAGUACCGAGUGCAGUAUGUAUUCGGUGGUUGUUGGGUGGUUGUGAGCUUAUGAAGUGCAAAAGUCGUCCAGGCCCCCGGGAACAAUUGCGAGGAAGAAGAGGAACUGACAGAUCGAGCAGAAGAACCCAUCGAAAAUGUUGGACGCCCCCUCUCAGGCCGCCGAAAGCGUCCCCCUACUGGGCGGUUCCAGCACCAAUGCCCAGACCAAUGCCCCGCAACCAUCGUCAAAGCUCACCGCUCGCAUCAACCGCGCUAUCACUAUUGGGACGUUCAUCUUCGUGCUCGCGGCCGUCAUCACAACCCUUGCCCAUUUCAAACGUGAUCACCCUCAUCAGCCGCUCCCACUGCGCGAAUCGCCGUAUGGGAAGUUCCCGAAGGCCGAUGACCCGUUCGCUUUUAUGCCUUGCACGAACGUCACGCUUCCACCGGCGCUUGAUGACCAGGAUCCGCUCACUACCUGGUCGAAGUUGUUUGACCCCGAACCGUCUCACUGGAGCUGGGGGCGGCUUACUGGAGACGACGUCGCUGGCAAUGACAAAGAUUCUCACGAGGGCAGAGGGAUAUAUCUGUGCGGCUACCUCGAUGUCCCGCUGGAUUACACGAAUUCCAGCGAUGAGCGUAUCGCGAGGCUGAUGGUGACGAAGUUUCAAGUUUCGGGUCUGGCUCGCAAAGAUGCCGCAGCUACUGAGGAUGGAGCGGGGAAGAAGAGCGCACGCACGAUUGUGAUGAACCCGGGCGGUCCGGGUGGCAGUGGUUCGUCGUUGGUUUGGAAUAAGGCCGAGAACUUCACCCGUCUGUACAGUGAUAGCAAGUUCGAUGUGCUCAGUUGGGACCCUCGAGGUGUAAACUCCUCCCUCCCCUCCGCGUCCUGCUUCCCCCACGAAGCCGAACGCGACCGCUGGCUACUCCUCACAAACCAAUACUACGAAUCCGCCUCCUCCCACCCCCGCGCCCAACUCGAGCUCGCCGACGCCAUGAACGAGGCCACUUUCCGCGCCUGCCACGCGCGACUUGGCGAUUUCCCCCGCUUUGUGAGCACGGCGUUUGUGGCACGGGAUGUGGAUGAGAUUCGCAAGGCGUUGGGAGAGGAGGAGUUGACGGCUGUGAUGAUUAGUUAUGGGACGGGGAUUGGGCAGACUUAUGCGAAUAUGUUCCCGGAUAGGGUGGGGAGGAUGUUGCUGGAUGGGACGGAGUAUGUGAAGGAUCAUCGGUUGUUGGGUGGGUUUGGCUGGACGGCCCUCGACAACGCCACCGACGCCUGGCGCGACGGCUUCCUCGGCGAAUGCAUCAACGCCGGCCCUUCCCACUGCGCCCUCGCCAAAUCCACAAAACCUGUCACCCUCUCCUCCCUCACCUCCCGCAUGUCCCAACUCUUCAACAAAACCCUCCAGCGCCCCGUCCCAGCCUACCACCCCACCACCGGCCCAGGCCUCAUCACUUACCCCUCCCUCAUAGGCAUGCUCUACCAAUCCCUUUACAACCCCGCCGAAUGGCCUACAACAGCUCAAAUGCUCGCGGAUCUCGAACAGGGGAACGGUACUCUGGCGUUACUAGAACUCAACAAACAUUUCGUGGAUCCCCUUUCCCCACCCGUCCCACGGUUACCAGCGACGGAGGAGUUGGGCUCUCUCGUCAUCUGCGCGGACUCCUACGACGCCCCCGAGCCCCCCACCGGUCUAGAUUGGUACCUCGACCUCUGGCGCACCAUGACGACCAAAUCAUUCAUAUCAGGCAACUCGCGGUUCUUUGAUGUGUUGCCGUGCAGGCAUUUCAACACACAUUGGAAGCCGGCGGAGGUUUAUAGAGGUGAUUUGAACACGACGUUGAAAGGACCGGUUUUGUUGGUUGCCGAGACGUAUGACCCGGCGACGCCGUUGAGGAAUGGGAGGAGGUUAGCGGGGGAGAUGGGGAGGAAUGCUAGGUUGGUCGUCCACCACGGGUACGGCCACUCGGCACCCCGCGACCCUUCGGCCUGCACCGCGCGGAUCGGGAAGGAGUACAUCUUGCAUGGAAAAGUGCCGGAGGCGGAUGAGACGGAUUGCUAUGCUGAUUCCAAGCCUUAUUUGCCAAAGUAGAUGCCAACUGGGAAGGGAGGGAGUGGUAGAUCAUACGCGGACAUGGGUGUCUCUGUAGAUGACAUUUUCGGCGUAGUGCAGCUUUUAAAGCU